CGCACGGCGAAUCCCCUCGCCUCGUGACGUCGGCCUCCGCGGGAGAACGGGGGUCGGAGGGCAGCCCUCUUCGGCUCCCGCUGCCGUCCCCAAGGGCUUCCACUUUUGCCGGCGCAGUUCUAGCAGCCUAUCUCCUUCCGGAGGCGGCACUUUCUCGCGGCGUUUCUUCCCAGGCUCCGUUUCGCCUGAGCCCGAAGGCUAAGGUGCUGCCUGAAGCAGAUGCCACUCUACACAUCAACUGUCUCUGUCUGUUUACAACGCUGUACUUACAGCAUGUAUUCUCAGCCUAGUCAGUUACAAGGAGCGCUGACACAGGGGAUGGCCUUAUGGAAGUAUUCUCAUUCACGAGCAAUCAGUUGUCAUGUAAAAACUGGAUUAACUGGUUUGCCUCCUAAGAUGAACAUAAAAUCACCACAAUCAUGUUUUGUCAGUUUGGGGAAACAGCUGUGCUGCAGACUACCUAUGAGAGACCCUAUCCUAAAGCUAAAGCUUGAUGUGCCCUCAUGUCGGAAGUUCUAUAGUAUUCUCUUGGAUAGAAGCAUAGGACAAAAAGUUGGAGGUACAAGCACUGGACUUUGCCUAUGUUUUGCGGUUCCUGCAGAGGCAAAUGCUGAGGGUCCUGUGGACAACAAUACUGAUAACCCCCAAACUACUGAAUCAGCCACUAGUUAUGCUCAUGGGAAAAAAGUUUACACGGAUUAUUCUGUCACUGGCAUUCCUGGAGAUGGAAGAUGCUUGUUCCGCUCUGUGGCUCAUGGUGCAUGUAUUAGGUCAGGGAAACCCACACCUGAUGAGAAUCUUCAGAGGAAGAUGGCUGAUGACUUAAGAGCAAUGGUUGCUGAUGAAUUUAUCAAGAAACGAGCAGAGACUGAAUGGUUUGUGGAGGGGGACUUCGAUGCAUAUGUCUCUCAGAUUAGGAAGCCACAUGUGUGGGGAGGUGAGCCAGAACUGUUAAUGGCUUCACAUGUUCUUCGGAUGCCAAUUACCGUGUACAUGUAUGAUAAGGAAGCUGGUGGUUUAAUAGCAAUCGCUGAAUAUGGUCAAGAGUACGGGAAGGAAGAUCCAAUUCAAGUUCUUUUUCAUGGUUUUGGCCAUUAUGACGCUGUUCAGAUAGCAGAAGAGGAUGGUCCAAGGUCAAGACUGUAAUAUUGGACCCCAGAUUCCAGAUGGUGAAUUUUGCAGGUGCAGCAGCAGUACGGGGGUGGGGGUGGCCUGCAGUUACGUAGGCAACCACCACCUCUCGCAAUUGAAGGGCCAAUAAAAACUGGACUUGGCAUCUGCUGCUGCUCUGGGACGCAAGAGGGCUGGUCGUCUAACUCUCAUGUGUUUAUGCUGGCAUUCAGUUCAGAUCAGAUGGGAGCCCUUCCUGUCCCAAAGAAAGUAGAGAGCUUCACCUAACUAAAUUUGUGCCACGGCCAUGCACUUGUGUCCCAAGUGAGAGUAGAACAUCUAGGCCUCCUUUGUAUUGGUGUUUUUGUUUUUAGAAAAGCAGCCAUUUUCUCCAUGAAAAAUCCUGGGAAAUUCCUAGGCUCCACGACCACAGGGUCCUAGCUAAUUGGCUGCUUUUCUGAAAAAAAAAACCCAUUGCAAUAGGGCUUUAGUAAAUGAUUUUAGGGCAUUUGAAUUUG